AUGGCAUCACGUUCGCAACUAUGCGGCGCUUCGGUCGGGGCAUCUAAUUUAUUGGGUAGGCGUAGCAGGAGGAACGAAUGGGCGACGGACAUUUGGGAAUGGGACGGCGUUGUGUCGAGUCACGCCGCUUUGAGCCGCGGCCGCCGCGACACGACCUGUCGAAGGACGUUCGAUUCGGCUUCUAUGGUCUUCAGCGGGCGAUUAGCGCGAUUAUUUACACCGGAUUCGAUCUGCACCUACCCAGACUGCCGUCCGGGUUUCUCCGUUGCCAUGGCAACGUGGCCCAGCCCGCGUCGGCCAUCCGCCAAAACGUACAGCGGCCGAUUCGACGCGGUUUUAAUUGAAAACCCCGCAGUUAAGCAGCGCGGA